AUGAAAUCCACCGGUACGCAACGAUCUGCAGUAAAAGCUGAUAAUGAUCGUGCCACAGCGAACCCAACUGGUGGCAAAAGUCACGGCUGGGUUGGUUCUGCUGUCAGCAAAUCAGAUGGCGAUCAACUGGCUCUGGCCGGAUACCAGCAGCGAGCAGUGCCACUUCGUAGUAGGCCCCGCAAUCAACGCGUUCUGCGCCAUCGGUAUCAGGAGCAUCUGCUGGAUCAACCGGCCCUACACACCGUUGCAAAGGCUAAAAUGAUGUCACGGUUUACACGCAUUCAAGUGUUAAGCAUCAUCAAAUUAGCAACCAUGGACAAGCUACGCGAAACGGCUGGUGCAGGUGGACCGAAUGACCCGACGACCGCUCAGCAACGACUGUCUACGGAAGGUGGAGCAGGAGGAGCAACAGUAGCAGGAGGAGGAGGAGGAGGAGGAGGAGGAGGAGGUGACGGAUGUUCCGAUGAGUAUCACCAUCAGUUCUAUAACACCGGCCGGAUAGGACGCAGAAAUGCGCUGCCAGACAUCCUGGGGACGCACUGUACAACGACAACGGCCGACCUGUCGACGCAACUGGGUGCUCUCUCUACCUCGGACUGUACCGGCAAGGCAGCCGACGCAAGCAGCAUAGCAUCCGGAAAUAAUGGUCAACCCCCGCCGACGACAACCGCAACGUAAAAGCCACCUGAUGCCUAUGGUCG